UAUCUUUUCCAUUCCCUUCCCACUUGCUCUACUCUGAAGCUUCACAGAAAGAACAUCCCCACCCAAAAUUCUUUUUAAUAUUUUGAAAGAUCUUUCAGAUAUCCCCCACUUCUUCCCAAGUGCAUGAACCUCUUUUCUUAUUUAUGCGUAUAUAAAUUAAACUCCUCGAGAGUUACAGCACCACCCUGAAAAAAUAUAAAUCUUACAUCUAAUCUCUAGCAAAUCCGAAAACCCACUGCACCGGAUUUCCCCAUUCGAAGAGUUCAACGGAUUUGGAUACGAAAUGAUGUGCGGAAAAGGUAGUGCCGAGUCUGAUUUAGCCAUUCUCGACUCGAUUACCCGUCAUUUGCUCGGUGAAACAGAGACGACGCGAUUCUUUGGAAAUACCCCGAUGUUCUGUCGGAGCUCCAGUUUUGGUAGCUUGUACCCUUGCCUCUCAGAUAACUGGGGCGAUUUACCCUUGAAGGAGAACGAUUCCGAGGACAUGGUGGUGUAUGGAGUUCUCCGUGAUGCCAUGAAUGUUGGGUGGGUGCCAUCACUUGCUCCGGUAUCAUCCGAGGGCUCUUGCGAUUUUGGCUUUCCAGCCAACGGUAUAAAAUCCGAGCCCGAAAUCUUCACUCCCGUAAAAUCUGAGCCCGAGUGUUUCCCCGUGGCGGUGGUGAACAGGUUGCCGGAAAGCUCGGCUGUUCAGGUGUCAGUUCCAUCGCAGAAGGAGGCGGCGCCGUUGGUGGUACCGGCGAAGGGAAAGCAUUACAGGGGUGUGAGGCAACGGCCUUGGGGGAAGUUCGCCGCCGAGAUUAGGGACCCGGCGAAGAACGGCGCACGGGUUUGGCUCGGAACGUUCGAGACGGCAGAGGACGCUGCGCUGGCAUAUGACCGAGCCGCGUACCGGAUGCGAGGGUCCAGAGCCUUGCUCAACUUCCCUCUUCGGGUCAACUCAGGCGAGCCCGAGCCGGUGAGGGUAACGUCGAAGCGAUCGUCGCCGGAGCCUUCUUCCUCGUUGUCUUCUGUGGACAGUGCGUCGCCGAAGCGGCGAAAGAAGACUGACGGGUCGGUGGAUCGGGCUAAACCCGGACUGACUCUGGCGGAGGGAUUACAAGUUGGGCAUCAAGUGGCAUCGUGUGCACGUGGCGAUAAAAUACUGGUUAGUUAAAGCUUACGGACAGUGGAAGAUGCACUUCGGAAUUAUUGAGGCUCAUUGUAAUUAUUACAUCUGAGAUAAUAUUCUUAGGAUAAAUCAUAAGCAAUUUGGGCGUUACCAUAAUUUUUGGAUGUCUUAUCUCAAAAAUUUUGGGAUGUGUUUGGGGAAAAUUUGAAAAUAUCAAAAAAGAAAUCUAUAAUGUGUAAGAGAAAGAUGAAACAGUUGCUUGAGUUUGUGAAUACAAGAUUGCUUUUAAUUAUUUUUGGGCAGUUGAAGGAUAGCAUCUGAGUAGUUUU